AUGAUCAGCGACGUCACCCUGUCUGCUCUCGCCAACUGGCUCGGAAGCCUCACCAUGGUCCUCAUUGUCCUCUACCACGCACUGAGCGUCAACGCAAAGAGGAACCAGGAGAACGCCGCCAGGCUGGCCAACAACGCACAGGCUUCCAGAUGA